AUGCAGGGAGAAAGCCCACAUGCUUUUGCUGUAGGAAUGAUCAGGUAGGACUCUUUAUAUUUAUAUUUUGGUAGAGAAAAAGUUCAAACUCUGCAAAGUGUGACAACUGCAAGGGAAGUUAUGUGUGCAGUACUGUAUGGAGGACCACAGGUGUUACAGGGCAUAGGUUAAAUCAAAAAGAGUGUCUUCAAAAAACAAAAGUGACAUUCUGAACACAUCUUAUCUAAAACUUCAAAUUAAGUGAAUUCUUAGACAGUUCGACACACCUGGGACUCAUUUUUACACUUAAAUGACAGUCAUAAGUAUUUGAGUUUUUCUCAUCAGCCCCUUGUUUUAUUUAGAAUAACAAAAUUGUAUUUUCCCCUAAAUUUUCUAAAACUCAGAUUUUUGAUAUCUUGUCAGAAAAUGUUAUCAGCACCUUUGUGCUACACAAAAAUUGUUCAAAAAUGUAUAAAAAUGCUGUCUAUUGAAACUUGUUUCCUUUUGACUCUGUAAAGACCUGACAUGUCUCUAAAAAUAGACUUAUGGACUUAAACUUUUAAUCCAUUUUAUUGAAAACUGGUACAACUACAUUGCCGAUUAUAAUUAACUGGUGAGAUUGUUUAAGUUAGUUUCUAAUGUACUUGAGCCUGAAAUCUUGUUUGUUGGAUUUACUUUGCAGGAUUCUCAACACCACCAUUCAGCUUGUGCUGGCAGCCAGCCUAAGAAGAGGAAGAGGACCUCUGCGGUCCGUACUUCUGAUUCUGCAGGACUGACCAAGGAUCCUGCACCUCAGCAAUCCCAAGUGCACAUUGCUGCUGAUCCUCCUUUGGUCCCAAGGCCUCAGCCAACAACUGAACCAUCUGAGCUGCCUCAAGUCUUCCCUGUGGUUCACCAUUCCCAGCCCCCCACAACUCCACAGCUGGAUGACGGCCCACUGAUAAUUCACCAUCAGUCAGUGGAGGAGUACCAGCAGCACUACCACGCCGUGGUAGAUGACAUGCUCCAGUAUGUAUCAAACAAAAAACAAGAAUCCAUCACGAUAACAGACCAUGAUGGUUAACACUUGAACAAACAUUGAGAUUUAAACUACUUUCCUCUCCUAUCCACAGGUACAAGAAUGGCCGUCAGCGUCCCUACAGCCUUGCACUGGGACGUCUUGUCAAGCAGAAGCUGUGGGAACGAUUGGAUCGUCCACAGUUCACUGAGACUGUGGAUGACAACGGACUUGUCUGCGAAAACACCAGCUACAGGGUUGGAGUUUAUCCACCGCUGUACGACGUGGACACGUCCCACGAACCAAUGCCAAAGACUUCACCCAGAAAGAGAGUGAGGACAUGAAAGUCUCCUUGUUUUAUUUAGAAUAACAAAAUUGUAUUUUCCCCUAAAUUUUCUAAAACUCAGAUUUUUGAUAUCUUGUCAGAAAAUGUUAUCAGCACCUUUGUGCUACACUUUUUAAAAAAUUGUUCAAAAAUGUAUAAAAAUGCUGUCUAUUUAAACUUGUCUCCUUUUGACUCUGUAAAGACCUGACAUGUCUCUAAAAAUAGACUUAUGGACUUAAACUUUUAAUCCAUUUUAUUGAAAACUGGUACAACUACAUUGCCGAAUAUAAUUAACUGGUGAGAUUGUUAAAGUUAGUUUCUAAUGUACUUGAGCCUGAAAUCUUGUUUGUUGGAUUUGCUUUGCAGGAUUCUCAACACCACCAUUUAGCUUGUGCUGGCAGCCAGCCUAAGAAGAGGAAGAGGACCUCUGCGGUCCGUACUUCUGAUUCUGCAGGACUGACCAAGGAUCCUGCACCUCAGCAAUCCCUGGCACACGAUCCUCCUGAUCCUCCUUUGGUCCCAAGGCCUCAGUCAACAAGUGAACCUUCUGAGCUGCCUCAAGUCUUCCCUAUGGUUCACCAUUUCCAGCCCCCCACAACUCCACAGCUGGAUGACAGCCCACUGCAAAUUCACCAUCAGUCAGUGGAGGAGUACCAGCAGCUCUACCACGCCGUGGUAGAUGACAUGCUCCAGUAUGUAUCAAACAAAAAAAUAGAAUUCAUCACGAUAACAGACCAUGAUGGUUAACACUUGAACAAACAUUGAGAUUUAAACUACUUUCCUCUCCUAUCCACAGGUACAAGGAUGGCCGUCAGCGUCCCUACAGCCUUGCACUUGGACGUCUUGUCAAGCAGCAGCUGUGGGAACGAUUGGAUCGUCCUCAGUUCACUGAGACUGUGGACGACAAUGGACUUGUCUGUGUAAACACCAGCUACGGGGUUGGAGUUAAUCCACCGCUGUACGACGUGGACACGUCCCACGAACCAAUGCUAAAGACUUCACCCAGAAAGAGAGUGAGGACAUGAAAGUCUUCACUCUCUACUUGUGAAUAUGGCUGUUUUAACUCCGAGUUAAAACUUGUAAAUAUUGUAAAUACUGUAGUUUAAGUUACUGUAGUUUAAGUUAGUUUAAGUUUAAGUUAAGAUAGGAAAAGUAGUAUAAGUAUAAGGGGAAAAAAUUAAGAACUGCCUGAAACAAAAAGUCCUCUCUGAAAGCAACUCAAAACACCUCAGCCGUCCUGCACCUUGAGCCUCCUCUAAACUCCUGACUUGACUAACAACCAUCUCUGACCAGACCAAAAAUGACAAACUAUCAAACCUGCCUCCAUCCUGUCCUCCAACAUGUGCCAGCAGCUUUUACCAUCUUAGCGCUGCACAUUUGCCAACCUCCAUCUCAAGCCUCUAAAUAAGAACAUCUGCCUCCUCUUGCAAAAAAAAUGAAAAUGGCUGCCUCCACCUGCAGCCUCCACCUCCUCCUCCUGCUCAAAGGUAAAUAUCUCCAAUCAAUUAAAUCCAUGUGCCUCCACCUGUUCAUGGACUGCCAAUGCCUUAAAUCCAAACUUCUUUACAUUAACAGCCAUCACCUAUGAUUGCAGUCUCAGCCACACAUCAGCAGCCACUUACUUCAACUGCAACCUCGACAAGCACAUUGGCUCAACCAUCCCUCUCUGCUAACAACCUUGAGCCACAUCCAGGAGUGCACCAGUAGCUUGACACCAGCAGCCUCUCCCUCCAAUAAUAUGGAAAAUAGAUAGCAAGCCAACCCAAGACUCUCUUGGCAAAAUAUAGCUACCUCCGCCAUCACCAAACAACAAGCUGCCUUCAAUGCCUUGAUGUCACAGACUGAGACUGAAGUGCAAAGCCUCUGCCCAAGCAAUCUACACCUGCCUCCACCUGCGGAUCUGGGCCAAAGAUUCAGCCUCUACCUCCAGCUGGUCCUAUGCAGCACAUUUAAAGCUAGAUUAACCAACCAAGACCUCAAUCGGCACUUGCCAACUCCAGCACUGCCUGUAAACGUGACUGAAAGCUGCAGCAAAAGCCCCGUCCUCAAGUAAAUGGCAUUCAAGAACCACCUCAACCUACAGCAACUCUCCAAGAAGUUGUAAGUGAUAAAAACUGUGCGUUCUAACAACAACUCACACUUAUAUAGCCAUGUUGCUAAGUUACCUUAUUUACGUAGUAGCCUGUAAACCAUUAAUUGAGGACUGAAGGUCAAAGCAUCACUUUCAGUGUUGUCUAUCCAGCUAUUGACCUCUGGUCACUUCUCUUCACAGCAAACGCUCCAAGUAAAUAUCAGCUGCAGCCGCAACUUCUACCUGCACAACAUCAAAGAGCUGUUACCAAAGUCUUCACCUCAAGUCUCAUCCUGAAGCCUGGAAUGGCAAACUGAGCUGCUCAGUCCAGUCUCAUCAACUGAAGGUAUCAUUAAUGCCUAAAACUCAAGCCUCCCUCACCCAAAAUUGUGGUAUAUGGCUGCACUAAUGCUUCCUAUUUCAACCUCAGCUACACAAAAACAUCUACAAAAACAACUUAAAGCUUCUUCGAAGAACCAGCAGCCACCAACUCCCUGAUAAAGACCUGGAAGCUGCCGCCGUGUGAAGCUGUAUCCUUGUCUCUGGAUCCUUGCUGGUAUUGUACAAACUCUCUAAUGCACAUCACUUUGAGCGAAAGUAUCUGUUAUAUGACAUUGUGACAUUGUGCUGCAGGUGCCGCCAACUCAAGCCCAAGCCUGUACCAGGAACCUGCCUACACCUCCAGUUCCAGACGAUGCUUGCAAUCGACAGUCAACAAAGAAGAGCCUUAAGUUUUCUGCUGUAGCCUCUGCCAGAGACCAUGGGUGUAAACGUCAACCUGUGCAAAAUGAAAGACAGCUGCUGCCUCUACCUCCAAUUCAGCCACUCCCAGCAAACGUCACCUGUCUUAACCGGCAGUUUGUGACUUUCAACCACAGGAUCUGA